AUGACAACACCACCAGUGCAAGAACUGACAACACCACAACUGGAUGAAAUGAUCACACCCCAAAUUGUGACUACUCGACUUAAUGAAAUGACUCGACAACAAAGGGAAGUGAUUAUGAGAGAAAUGGCAACACUUCGAAUGGAUGAAAUUCGGAUUCUGGAAAACUGGUUUAGAGCGCGGCAAUUUGCUGUAGCAUUCUUUAGUCUACUUCUGCUCGUGGCUUCCAUGUUCUACGAGGGUGCAAGGAUUAAAAUCUCGAUUUAUCUCUGGAUCUGUUUUGCACUUGUUUAUGUGUGGCUUAUAAGAAAUCGGAUACUUUCCGUAUACGUUUCCUAUCAGCAUAGGGUACCAUUAUCGUCCAGCUUAUUAUCGGCUGCCUUCUGCUUUCUGACAUGUAUUGUCGCUUUCUAUUCCUCCUGCCAACAGAGUGUAUCUAUUAUCGGAAUGCUCCAAUUAUGCGUGUUAGCAAUUCUGGGCAGUAUGAUGGAAACGUUACUGCAAUAUAAUUUACGUGUGCAUGGAGUGACGGCUUGA